AAAGUCAAGUCCAAACUAGGUAUGACGGAUAUGAAUGUAAUUUGUUUCAAAAUAAAAGCAUGAGCACAGGUCGACAGCAGAGGAAUUAUAAAUCUCGCGGUCCUGUAACCGGAACUAAUUUCAAACGUCACCGCACGCUUGACAGCUCGUCCAGGAGGCUCGCGAGCCUCCCUCCCUCUCUCGCUCGGUGGAAAAGGACAGACAGGAUGACAAGUUGCAGACUUGGACGCGUCGCGGUUAAAGGAUAAUCGAGCGACUUGCGGUUGACGCGAAGCGGAGACGAGGACAGAAGUGACGGGCGUCUCAGGGAGUAAAUUCCACUUGACAUUCGCUCAACAAACCGAGUCGGGGGAGAGGAGUCCCGAGCGCUGCGUCUCACCUGGAGAGUCACCACACGGUGGACAGCAACGCGCAGGACAAAGUGCGUGGAGCGCAGAGAGAGGAGCCAGGCACCUGAGGCUGGAUCCACCAUGGAGCUUUUAGUCACUUCGAGGAAACUUACUUUGCUGUCUUUCACCUUCUUGUGCGCUGUACCAGCCGUCCUCACUCAGAUCCAGUUGCCUGAGAAAAACAUGAACGUGAUCAAGGGUCGGCUGGUGGUUCUCAAAGCCUCAUACACACCUGCGCCUGGCAGCGAGCUGAGCACCAACACCAUCAUCUGGAACUUCGUCUCCAACAACUCUCAACUGAUCCUCUCUUACACCAAAGGCUCCAUGAGUGUGGGCAGCUCCCAGUUUAAAGGGCGAGUGGGCUUCAGUGCCAGCAUGCCCUCCACAGACAUCUCACUCUACAUCAACACCACCCAGGAGUCGGACUCGGGCCGCUACCUUUGCCAGGUUAUCAUCCCGGGUAACCCAGGAUUCACAGAGGAGCUCAGUCUGGACGUGAAAGUUCCCCCUGCUCCACCCGAGUGCUCCCUCUCUGGGAAACCAGUGCUGAAGGGGAACGUGACGCUAAGCUGCAAAUCCAGCUCAGGGAAGCCUGUUCCUGUGUACAAGUGGAGGAGAACCAGUCCAACGUCAGAGGUCUUCUUCUCCCCCAUGCUGAAUGAUAAGACAGGAGCUCUGAAGCUGAGCAACCUCAGCAGCAACAUGUCGGGGAAGUACGUGUGCACAGCCAGCAACGCCGCCGGCUCAGAGAGCUGCAUGAUCAACCUGGAGAUCAUCUCCGCCACCAACGUCGGGGUGAUCGUGGGCGCCACCGUGGGCUCCGUGGCUGGCUUCGUCUUUCUUCUCCUCAUCUGCCUGGUCUUCUUCCUGAGGAGGCGGCGAGACGGCGAAGACGACAUGGCCAAUGAGAUCAAAGAGGACGCUCAGGCACCCAAGCGGGUCUCGUGGGCCAAGAGCGGCAUGGGCUCCGACAUCAUCUCCAAGAACGGCACCCUGUCCUCCAUCGCCUCCAGCCCCCACCACCGGGAGCCCUCCCUGCAGCACAACAACCACCAGCACCUGCAGCAGUACCCCCAGCGGCCGCCCUCCGACACCGCCUCCAUCAUCACGGCCACGGGCAGCACGGCCGGCGCCUACCGGCCCUCCCGCCACCACGGGGCCUCCAGCCCCGCCCACUACAACUACAACAACAACCCCACGCUGCCCCGCGGCCAGGUGCUGACCUCCAACCCCAGCAGCAACGGCGACUCUCUGACCCGGCCGGAGCGCCACACCCAGCUGCCCCAGGCCCAGGUCCUCCCGCAGAUCUACGGGCAGCCUCAGCUGCAGCUGCAGGUGGCGCCCUCCCCCCCGCCUCUGCCCGCCUCCACGGUCACUGCCUCCAACAUCGCCCGCAUGGGCGGCGUGCCCAUCAUGGUGCCUGCACAGAACCAGGCCGGGUCCCUGGUCUGAGGAGGACCUGGCCCUCAGGAGCAGCACUGAGUGACGCUGGCGCGCACGAGUGUUUUCUCGCUUCACGUCUGUGACUCUCAUCCAUGCGUUCACUUUUCUACUUUAUUCAUACGUUUCUUAUCUUUUCUAGCUUUAAAAUGUCACCACGGUUUUGUGCGGCGGGACCUGCUGACGUACAUGGUAACAGUGUUUUCAGAUGGUGUUUUCAAUGUUCGGGACAGAGUCAAGGAUAGAAAAAAAAAGCACAACAUCUUUGUUUUCAAAUUCUAAACAUUGUGUGUAAAACAGCACAAGCCUUUUUUUUCUAUUUUGCUGCCACAUAUAAUAAUGUAUCUUCUCCUUUUCUCAAAGGAAAAUGUGCAUAAUGUCUCUGAAAAUGGAGGGAUUGAAUGACUAAGUUUUGAGGUAGAAGAAAACCACCAACAUUACAGACAAACAAAAGUUGAAAUAUAUAUAUAUAUAUAUAUAUAUAUAUAUAUAUAUAUAUAUAUAUAUAUAUAUAUAUAUAUAUAUAUA